CACGUCACACGGUCGGCCCCUAUUUAGCCACCGUCCUAGCGUGAGGCCACAACCCCCGCUGGGACAUUCCAUCAUCACCAUCUCCUCUACAGGCCCCUGUUGACUACACGUGCGAGCUACUGAUGGACAAAACAGUCCAGUGUUGAUAAGGCAAGCCUGAGUAUGGCCGUAUGGGCUACACAAAAUACACCAACAUACGCAACGAUCAUUGAGCGCUAUUUUGGAGCGCGGAUGGGGAAAUGCGCGCCAAAAAGAUACCUGCUUUCACAAAACAAGCGUGCCAUUAUUAGGAGCUUGGAGUUCACGUUGCACCCUGAAUGCAUGGAGAACAAGAGCCAGUUGUCGUUAAUCCAGUUUGGCGACUUGAAACCUCAUCGAGUCCGUAAUGCAUUUAGUGCGUUUUCCUACGGACGACUUUAGCAGUCUGCGACUCGCAACCAUGUCUACUACCAUGUCAGCAAUGUCGCUGCUAGAGGAGUUGGCGUCUCCUUACAUGAAAAAUGGCACCGUGGUGGAAAAUCUUCCGGACGACAUGCUUUACAUGAUCCACCCCCACUGGUACGGCUUCAGGCCCAUGAAUCCUCUGUGGCAUAGCCUUUUGGGUUUCGCCAUGGUAGUAUUGGGCAUCAUCAGCGUGGUGGGCAACAGCAUGGUCAUCUAUAUCAUGACCACCACAAAAUCUCUAAGGACGCCAACCAACAUGCUCGUCAUCAAUCUUGCCUUUUCUGACUGGUGCAUGAUGGCAUUCAUGAUGCCCACCAUGGCAGCUAACUGCUUCGCUGAGACGUGGAUUCUCGGUCCGUUCAUGUGCGAAGUAUACGGCAUGGUGGGAUCUCUGUUCGGCUGUGGUUCUAUCUGGUCCAUGGUAAUGAUCACUCUGGACCGAUACAACGUCAUCGUGCGCGGAGUGGCAGCUGCUCCAUUGACCCACAGGAGGGCUGCUCUGAUGAUCCUCUUCGUAUGGAUGUGGUCCAUUGGCUGGACUCUGCUGCCCUUCUUCGGAUGGAGCAGGUAUGUUCCUGAGGGCAACAUGACAAGCUGCACCGUCGACUAUUUGACGAAGGAGUGGUGGUCCGCUUCCUACGUGGUCGCCUACGCGGGUGGUGUCUACUGGACACCACUAUUCGUCAACAUCUUCUGCUACUCUAAGAUCGUCAAGGCCGUCGCUAUGCACGAGAAACAGUUGAGGGUGCAGGCCAGAAAGAUGAACGUCGCCUCGCUCAGAGCAAACACUGAACAGCAGAAGACCAGCGCCGAGGCUCGCCUGGCCAAGAUCGCACUGAUGACGGUCGGCCUUUGGUUCAUGGCUUGGACCCCAUAUUUAACCAUCGCCUGGGCUGGCAUCUUCAGCGACGGCACCAAGUUGACUCCCCUGGCAACUAUCUGGGGAUCUGUGUUCGCCAAAGCCAACGCCUGCUACAAUCCUAUCGUGUACGGCAUCAGUCAUCCCAAAUAUCGCUCAGCCCUCUACCGACGAUUCCCCGCCCUGGUGUGCGCUCCUCCUGACAUGAGCGACACCCGCUCGGAGGCCUCGGGAAUAACCACAGUCGAAGAGAAGGUCAUGACAACCGAAACCUAAGUUGUAGAGAGAAAAGCAGAAAAAUAGCUUAGGAUUGACUCUUUGACCGGUUGGUGCCUUUUGGAGAUUAUUACAUUGAGGGCUCCCCUAUCAAUAAACAUAGUGGCAGUGUGUGCA